AUGGCAGCUCCCAUUCCCAGCAAGGUUUUGAAGAACAGUAAGCAUUGUAGAGUGUGUGACAAGUGUGUUGAUGGCUUUGAUCAACAUUGCAGAUGGCUCAACAAUUGCAUAGGGAAAAGGAACUACAAAGGGUUCUUCAUUCUAAUGUCUUCUGCUGUUCUCCUGCUACGUCUUGUAGUUCAGUGGUUGUCAGGAAUCCUCGUGAUGAUUCUCUGCAUUGUAAAGCGAGGGGAGUUCUCCAGACAGAUCGACUCAAAGUUAGGAAGCAGCUUCUCGACUGUAGCAUUUGUAAUUGUUGUGGCUACUUGCACCAUACUAGCAAUGAUUGCGACUGUACCACUUGCUCAACUUCUAUGCUUCCAUAUUCUUCUAAUCAAGAAGGGAAUUAGUACGUAUGAUUACAUCAUAGCUUUGAGAGAGCAAGAGGAGGAUCAGCAAGAAGAGAUUGCCGGUCACCAAAGCCCACAGAUGUCUUUUGGUCCACUUCAUCGUGGUUCAUGGUGCACUCCGCCACGGUUAUUCCUUGAAGAUCAGUUUGAUGUCAUCCCUCCGGAGAUUGGCAUGUCCCAAAACCCAGGAAGUAAGAAGAUGAAGGUAGCAGAUGGAGCAAGAAGACGAAACAGAGCAGUAAAAAUCAGCCCCUGGAAAUUGGCACGUCUUAAUGCCGAGGAAGUGUCAAAUGCAGCUGCACAGGCAAAGAAGAAAUCCAAAAUUCUGAAGCCAAUCGCGAGGCAAGACCCUCCGAUCAUCCACGAGAACAUGAGGGGGCGAUUCCCUGCUGAACUCUCUUGUAUAUGAAUCUGUUGUCAGUGU